AAUUGGAAAUGAUUAGUGCUCUGGAGUCUUUGAGUUUGGAGGUUGUGGUUGUAAAAUCUAAUGCAAACCCGGCCUCACUCUCAGUCUUCAAAAAUAAUGUGGAUAAUUUGAAUGAAGAAAUUAACAAGACAAUUGAAGAAGUUGUGAAUUCAUCGGAGUUGAAAAAUAUGAUGGAGUUGUUGAAGCUGGAGAAGGCAAAGGCAGAGGCAGGAAAUGUUGAGUCGGAAAGUAAGAUUGAGGCUCUACAGCAACAGAUUAAGCAAAGAAUUUCAGAAGUUAUCAGCUCCUCAGAAUUGAAGGAGAAGCACCAAGAGUUGAAGGCAGAAAUUUCUGAAGCAAUACAAUCAUCUGGUGGAGCUAAUGGAAGUUUGCAAAAGGAAACCAAGCAUGCGGAACCUAUGCUCGAGAUGAAUUUUGCUUAAUGUGUGCAGCUCCUAUACAUUGUCUGCUUUUUUUUUCUUUUUCUUUUUGCUUUAGAUUUCUGACAAAUAAAUAGAUUUCUUACAUUAUUUAUUUUAUUUUAUGCAUAAGGGUGUAUGGCACUUAGCACAAGGACCUCGAAUAAUUAUAACUAUUUUACCAUCAAUUCCUAGUUGCCAGAAGCAUAACUAUGAAGCCCAAGUUCAUGCUUAUCUUA